CGAUCAAAAGAAUCAAAGAUUUUACAUUUCAAUUAAUUUAUUCUUACAUUUCCAAACUAUCGUGUUUCUAUUUCAAUAAUUAUCUUUUUAUCUAAUUAUUUUGUGAUUUUGUUUAGUGUAGUGUCGUAGAAAGUUGCCAAAGUCGCUGAACUGGCGAUAUGGCCUGUAAUGUUGUAUUGGUUUGAUAUCGGGACUCGUUGAGAGUUUACAUGAUUUCCUUGUGGGGGUAUCGUUUAGGAUGUUGCCGACAGUGGAGGAGAGCCGCGGGUACGAUUUCCAGGACCCGGAGAAUGCCGAAAAAUGGAAAGGUCUCUUCGUCAACGCACUUCGAAAGGUCCUGGAGCAGGUGCACCCGACACUAAGCGCCGAGCACAGCGCGCUGGAGUAUGUGGAGUCUCUCUGCCUGCGGCUGCUGGCGAUGCUGUGCAGUGUGCCCACGCCGCUGACUGUGCAGGACGUUGAGGAACGCGUAGCCCGCUCGUUCCCGACUCCCUUAGACAAGUGGGCGCUUGCCGACGCGAGAGACGCGGCGCAGAAGCGGCGCCGCGCCAGCCUGCCCGCGGAUAAACUGCACCAGAUGCUGCAGAAGGAGGUGCUCAUGUACAAAAUCGACUACUCGGUCUCGGUGUUUAUGACAGCCGUGCUUGAAUACGUGAGCGCCGACAUACUCAAGCUGGCCGGCAACUUCGUCAAGAAGAUAUCGCAGAAGUCCGGCUACCAGACCAUCACGUGCGGAGACGUUAAGACUGCUAUGUGCGCUGAUAAGGUGCUAAUGGACAUGUUCUACCAAGAAUCGUCCGCGCUCGCGGCGUGCGGCGCGCCUGGUUGCAGUGUCGCCGCCGCCGCACCCACCGGCUCCACCAGACGCGGCUCGCGUGGCUCGCUAACCUAUGGGGAACUGGUCAGGGACUUGCUGACCGACGAGAAAAACUUUUUGAGAGACCUCAAUUUGAUAAUUAGAGUUUUUAAGGAUGAAUUGGAGAAGAUUUUGGAUCGAGACGCUAGGUCAAUCUCCCUGAUAUUCGGCAACAUAGUGGACAUAUACGAGCUGACGGUGACGCUGCUGGGGAACCUUGAAGACGCCAUAGAAAUGUCGCAGGACUCUCCCACGCCGUACAUCGGGUCCUGUUUUGAAGAAUUGGCAGAAGUGGAAGAAUUCCGGGCGUACGUUCGGUACGCGAACAUAGUCACGCGCAAAGAGUCCAGGGACGCUCUGCAGAAUAUUGUAGAUGACCCCGCGUUAUCGGAGCGCCUAGACACCGCCGGCCAAGGCUUCAGAUUAGCAGUGAAAUACUACCUCCCGAAAUUGGUACUAGCGCCGGUGGCCCACGUGUUAUUAUACCACAAAUACGUUCUGGCGCUGCUACAAGUGGCGCCGCAUACGGACGACAGAGAAAGCUUCAAACAGGUACCGCCGCACACGGACGACAGAGAGAGCUUCAAACAGGUGGAAUGCAACUUACAUCCAAUAAAGAAAUUACUACUAAAAGCAUUAGAAAAUGGACCAAAAUUAGACACAACACUUCGUAUGGCAACACGGGCGAGACGACAAUUAGCCAUAGAGAAGUGCAACGAAUUAGCGCGAAUUGUGGACAACUGGGAUGCGAGGGAUAUAGGACAGUGCUGCAACGAGUUUAUUAGAGAGGACACGCUAUCAAAAAUCGGUCCGGGCAAGCGGAUAGCGGAGCGGAGAGCGUACCUCUUCGACGGACUACUACUACUAUGCAAACCCGUUACGAGUCUGGUGAGCGUGAACAGCGGCGGCAUUUCGACGGGCGCGGGCGGCUCGCAGCAGUUAAAAUUGAAGGAGAAACUGCACAUACGGAAACUGGAGCUGCACGACCGGCCCGACACUGAAGACAACCGCCACCUCAUCGAGCUAUGUCCUCGCGCCGGCGCCGCCGUGCUCCUAUCAUGCGGUUCAUGCGCAGAGAAGCGACAUUGGAUGUGUGACCUCGUCAUGCUGAAUACUAAACCCAUGCUGGACCGGAGUCUUGACAGCAUCCUCCUAGACCUAGAGAAGCGGCAUCCGCUGCAACUACCGCCGGUGUCGUUGUAUCGGUUUGCGGUACCGGACUCGCCCGACAAUAUAAUGUUAGAAGAACCGCAGAGGAACAACGCGCCGCCGCUUAUUAAGGGAGCAACUCUCCUGAAGCUGGUCGAGCGUCUAACCUACCACAUCUACGCGGACCUCAACCUGGUCCGGACGUUCCUCACCACCUACCGCUCGUUCUGCUCGCCGGCCGAGCUGCUCGAGCUGCUCAUCGAGCGCUUCCACAUACCCGAGCCCAGCGACGUGUACGACGCGCCCCGGCCCGCGGAGAGCAUAGAGUCGGCGGCGAGCAGCGAUGCGGAGAAACUCAGCAAAAACACCGCGAGAGAAGACUGGAAGAGGUACCGGAAGGAGUUCCAGCAACCGGUCAAGUUUAGGGUAAUCAACGUGCUCCGGCACUGGGUGGACCAGCACUUCUACGACUUCGAGCGCGAGCCGGCGCUGUUGGAUCGCUUGCGAGGCUUCCUGGAGUGCGUCGACGGCAAGCCUAUGAGGAAGUGGGUGCAGAGCGUACUGAAGACGCUGCAGAGGAAGAGCGGCCAGAACAUGGAAUGGGAGACAGGCUCCAUCGUCUCAGUCUCCAGCGUAUCGUGGGUGUUUGACCGCGCGCCGCCGCGGACCCUGCGCCACCCCGCCGAGCCGACCAAACACAACUGGCACCCGCUCACGCUACAUCCGUUGGAGUUGGCGAGACAAUUGACGCUGCUCGAGUUCACGCUGUACAGACAGGUGCGACCAUCAGAGCUGGUGGGCGCGGUGUGGACGAAGAAAGACAAGGAGAAGUCCAGUCCAAACCUGUUGAAAAUCAUCAAACAUACCACCAAUUUCACGAGAUGGAUGGAAAAAUGGAUAGUGGAGAGCGAAAACUUAGAGGAACGGGUGGGCGUGGUCUGCCGGUUCUUAGAAGUGUGCGUCGCUUUACGAGACCUCAACAACUUCAACGGAGUGCUAGCAGUGGUAGCGGCUUGUGGGAGCGCCUCUGUACAUAGACUCAAGGCUACUUUCCAGCUGGUCCCGCCCCGUCUCAUCCGCGAGCUCGAAGGCUUCCGGGAACUGAACUCGGACCACUUCCGACGUUACCAGGAGAGACUACGCAGCAUCAACCCACCUUGUGUACCUUUUCUUGGAAUGUACCUGACAAAUAUCCUGCACAUAGAAGAAGGGAACCUGGACUACCUGCCCAACUCGGAGUUAAUAAACUUCUCGAAGCGGAGAAAAGUAGCGGAGAUUACCGGAGAGAUCCAGCAGUACCAGAACCAGCCCUACUGCCUCACCAUCGAGCCGAAGACAAGGCAAUUCCUGGAAUCCCUGGAUCCGUUCCCGGGGAUGGACGACAACGAGAUCACAAACUACCUGUACGCCAGGAGCCUGGAGAUCGAGCCGCGCCCGCCCGUCAAGCAGAUGCCCAAGUUUCCUCGCAAGUACCCGGAGUUAUCGCUGAAGCAAGUCAAGGUGUCUCGACGAGCGCACGACACCGCCGCCGCCGCGCCCGCCGCCAACAACUCAGACACGCUCAGUGUGUCCCAGCUGUCCCCGACGAGUAUGAGCGGCUGGGACGGCGCGUCCGUGUCGUCGCUGGCUUUCUCCGACUCCAGGAAGGUCGAGGACAAGGAAACAAUUAUUCUACAGGGCGAAAUUAUACUACUGGAUCGGGACAAACAUAUAGAGGAGGAAAUAACAAUUCAGGAAGAGGAUUCUACAAUACAGGACGAGGAUACUAUACUGGACAAGGAUACAAUACAGGACGAGGACAAGGAUACAACAAUACAGGACGAGGACAAGGAUGGAGCCAUGGCCGAGGGAGAAACUACCAGAGUCAAGAACGGAGAGAGGAGAGUAAUUAUACGGAAAAUAAUCCUAGUGCAUUUAAAUGGAAUAGUCAUGCAGCAUACAGUACCUUAUAAUCCGGAGAUGAAUGGUGUGGCGGAGAGAAUGAACAGAACCCUCAUGGAUAAAGCGAGAACAAUAUUGAUAGAUGCAGGAAUGAAAAAAGAAUUUUGGGGAGAAGCAGUAUUAUAUUCUACGUACGUUACAAACAGGAGUCCAGUUGCAGGAAGAGAUACUACACCUAGUGAAUUAUGGGAAGGAAGAAAACCUGAUGUUUCGAAUUUGAGAGUAUUUGGAUCCAUUGCUUACAAUCACGUUCCUAAAGAAUUGAGGAAGAAAUUGGAUGACAAAGGCAAGAAAAUGAUAAUGAUUGGAUAUAAUGUAGGAGGAUACAAAUUAUUUGAUGAAGAAAAUAACAUGGCAGUGACGGCAAGAAAUGUGAUAUUUGAUGAAAACCUAAAGAAACCGGAAAAGACAAUUUUUAUCCCUGACUAUACAGAGUGUGAAAAUGAAGAACAGAAACCAGACAGAACAGGAGGAGAAACUAGUAUAGAGAAUGAAGAAGAAAAGAACCAAACUUCUGAAAACAAUGAAAAUGAGCAAGAAAGUGAAGAACUGGAAAAGGAAGAACAAGAAAGACAAAAAAGGAAAAGACAGAAACCAUUAUGGCAGAAGGACUAUGUUGCGGAUUUUGACGAAGAAAGUGAUGAAGCUCUAUUUGCAUUAUUAAGCAGUCAACAUGAAGAUACACCGGUAAGAUAUGAGGACAUUGAAGAGAGAGAGGACAAAAAUGAUUGGUUAAAAGCUGUAAAAGAGGAACUUAUAGUUUUAGAAGAAACGGAGACAUUUGAAAUCGUACCAGAACCGAAAGAUAAGAAGAUAUUAGAUGGAAAAUGGGUAUUUACAAAGAAAGAGACAGAAAGAGGUAUACACCGGUCCGAGGGCAGUGGCUUGAUCAGCCCGCGGCUGUCAGGCUCGCUGGCACACCUGUCGUUCCUGGACAAGCUGGACAAAGCCAGCAGCGUGUCCACCACCAAGCUGUCUUCAAGGGACGAACCACCAUCACCGAGGGACAGGCAUUCUCCGAGACACGACAGGGCGUCUCUGUGCGGCGAGCGCAAGCCGGCGCUGUCUCCGCGCGGCGCCAUCGUCGACGCCGACUGCUUCUACAGCCGCAGCAGCCGCCCAACCGACACGGAGCGGGUCCCACCUCUGCUUCCCCGGUCGAGUGGCAGCAGCGCGACCAGAGACAACGGGGACAAACCACCGUUAUUACCACCGCGACCCGGCUCACCUCACCAUCCAGCCAACGCGACGUGGUCACCGCCAGGCGACCCGCUACCAAGUCCGAAAUUGCAAGAGCUGGCCAGGAUGCCUGCGAUGUCGCCCAAAAGGUCGCCCGCGCCGCAGCCGCCCGUCAGUCCGCUCGUACAGAACGACAGAGGCAGCGCGUUCAGUUUUCCGGCGAGAGGCGCUCCCACGCCGUCGCCGCCCGCGCCGCCGUUAACACCACAUCACCCAGUAUCGUGCGGCACGCCGCCGCCGCUGCCGCCGCGCCGCCGCCGGGACUCGGCGGCGCCGCCCACGCCGCUGCCGCCGCCGCCGCAACCCGCGGCGUCGUCAAGCCCCGCGCCGCCGCCGCUGCCGCCGCGGCCCGCGCCCGCGCCUGAAUUAUUACGACCGGCACAUUCUACCAUAUUACAGCGGAGACACCAUAACACCAAGUGA